ACUGACCACGUUCACAUCACAGCACCAGUGCAGCACCUCCUCCAGUAGCCCUUUACUUCUACGCACUCUCUCUGUCUCCUUGGAUCUGAAACAAGGAAUAGCGACGAUGGAGCGAAAGGACGAUGCGACCAACGAAACACAAGCGGGGGAUGGAAAGGGAGGUGCCGGAGUGCCGGCGGAGGCCCAAAACUUGACCAUGUUUGUACAAAGCGUCAUGGAGCAAAUGCAAAAUCGGUUCAGUCAAAUGUCGGACACCAUCAUCGGGAGGGUCGACGAGAUGAGCACCCGCAUCGACGAUCUGGAAAAGUCCAUUCAGGACCUCAUGCUGCAGGCCGAGAUCGAACCUGCAGAUGACUCUUCUGCCGAGGCGGGGGACGGGAGUGGAGAUGCAGAACCACCAGCACAACCUGAAGCUGGAACCGCGUAGACAUAAGUGACUACAUACCCAUGUCGAAAGGCAUUCUCUGCUGCUCUUCUUCUCUUUGUUCAAUCUGUUGGAUGACACCGUCCGGACAGACAAGCAGGGAGAGGACAGCAGCUAACAUACUUGCUAGGCAGUUGUGGUGGCCGGUGGUUGAUGUAGACUAGUGCUCGUUGUUUUCGCCCUACAAACAAGAACCUUUGCAGAGCGGGAUGGCGAUAGCACCAUCAGAGCCCCAGGAUGCCGAAAAAAACGGAGAGACGUGGCGGCGGGGAGAGUUGAGACUGCUGCUGCAUUGCUUUGGGUUGAUAGGGAGAGGACCAAUCGUGUUGUACAAUGUAGAUACGUUGCGCUGUGCCAGGUUCGUGUUGGCGUUAUUUGGUGUGCUGUGUGCUGUUGGAUGGGCGAGCGGCACCCGAUGGUGUUAGGGUUAAUCCAAGCUCUUUGACCGGAGCAUGUUUUCGACGUUGUUCUCCGAAGGGUGCGCGUCGAAGUUAGAAUGCCGCUGAC